AUGGCCGAUAUCCAGAAGCCCGUUGAGGUCCCUGCCGACGCUGUCGAGCAGGCCGCCGCCCCCGUCACCGAGACUGCUCCGGCUCUCGAUGUUCCUGCUGCCACCGAGGCUGCUCCCGUUGCCGACGAGAUUAAGAACGAGGAGCCCGUGGCUGCCGAGGAGACCAAGGAGGAGGUGAAGCCCGUCGAGGAGGGCCAGCUUGGAUACAAGGCCCAGGGCCUGAGCUUCCCCAAGAACCUGCUCGGUAGCAAGGAGUUUUUCUUCUUCGGCUCUGAGGCUUUCGAGGCCAAGGCCCUCGAGGCUUACAAAAAGGCCCAGAAGUCGGCCGAGGGUGCUCUCGACAACAUCUCGUGGGCUUCCCACACCGGCAAGGGUCUCCUCUUCUCCGGUGACAAGAAGGCUCCCCACAACGUCAUCAACUUGUCCCACGCUUCCGAGCCUGAAGUCGACGGCAACAAGUUCCACUUCAUCACCAAAGGCAACAAGCACACCUUCAAGGCCGCUAAUCCCGCUGAGCGUGACAACUGGGUUGCCCAGAUCAAGGCCAAGAUCGCUGAGGCCAAGGAGAUUGCUACUUCCGUCACCGAGUCCGAGGUCUACAAGAACACGCUCGAGACUCUGAAGCCCGCUCCUAAGGAGGAGGCCAAGGCUGCCGAGCCUGCUGCCGCUGACGAGUCCGCUGACGCCGCCAAGACCGAAGAUGCCCCCAAGGAGGAUGCGGACGCCGCCAAGGAGGAGCCCAAGGCUGAGGAGUCCAAGCGUCGUUCUGCCAGUCGCAAACGUGCUUCUUUCUUCGGCUUUGGCAAGAAGGACCUUCUUCCCAAGGACGAAGCCAAGGCGGAGGAGACUCCUGCUGAGGUUGCCGAGGAGGCUGCUGUCCCAACUGAGGCCGCUGCCGAGGAUGUCGCGGCUCCAGAUGCUGCCGCCCCCGCUGAGGCUGUCGAGGAGCCUGCUGCUGAUGUCGUGAAGCCCACCGCCAACAAGCGCAACAGCUUCUUUGGCGGUGUCUUCUCCAAGAAGGAGAAGAAGGCGGCCGACGCCAAGGCCGCUGAGGCCACCGAGGCUUCUCCUGAGGAACCCGAGGGCGCUGCUGAGACUGCUCCUGUCAUCCCUCCCGUUGACACCACCACUCCUCUCGCCGAGGAGGUCAUCGCUGCUGACCCUGUCGAAGCCGCUGCCCCUGAGCCUAAGACCGACGUCAAGGAGAGACGCAAGUCUUCUCUCCCCUUCUUUGGCAAGCGUGAUGCCUCCCCCACCACCGGUGAGCCCAAGACUGGCGCUUUCUCCAAGCUUCGUGCUACUAUCAAGGGCAAGGGCGCCGCCAAGGCCGAGGAGGCCAAGGAGGAGGCUGCUAAAGCUCAGGAGACUGCCGCUGAGACCGCUACUGAUGCCCAGGGCAAGGCUGAGGAAACCGCUGCCGAUGUCAAGGAGCAAGUGACCAAGGCCGUCGAAGGUGAGGGUGAGAAGAAGACUGAGGAGGCUUCUACCGCCCCCGCUGUCACUGCUUCUGCUUAG